AUGUCCCGCAAGACUUCAAAGACGCAACCAUCGUGCAUAUCUAGAAGCGAAAAGGGAAUCGCCAAAUCUGCGACAAUCACCGGGGAUAUGAUCUUCGCUACCCGUCACCUUCAGGAGAAGCGUCAGGAGAUGCGGACCCACCUGUACUCUACCCUCGUGGACCUGAUGAAAGCCUUCGACACGGUGAAACGUGAAGGACUGUGGAAGAUCAUGCAGAAAUUCGGCUGUCCGGAGCGAUUCACUCAGAUGGUGCGUCAGCUGCACGACGGUAUGAUGGCGCGAGUCACGAACAACGGAGCUGUCUCAGAGGCAUUCGCAGUGACCAACGGAGUGAAGCAGCGAUGCGUGCUAGCGCCAACCCUCUUCAGUCUUAUGUUCUCUGUCAUGCUGAUGGACGCCUACCGCGACGAACGCCCCGGGAUCCGCAUCGCCUACAGGACGGAAGGUCAUCUCCUGAAUCAACGGCUCAUGAAAUUCCAAUCGCGCGUAUCCACAACCACCGUUCACAAACUUCUCUUCGCCGACGACUGCGCCCUGAACACCACCUCGGAAUAG